AUGGGGUUUAAAAACGCACUUCCUCUUUCUAUUGCCUCUUCAACCAGGUUGUUUCUUUAUAUUUUCCUUAUUUUUAAACGGAAUAUCUUGAUCUUUUGUACAGCAAGCACGAAAUAUGAAAAAUUGAUAAAAAGUACAGGAAACGAUCACAACCGUUUUCUUUCUCAGAAUUGUGCAGUCUGCAAGAUUGGCAAAAACUUAUUGGUCAAGAUGUCAGCAUUCAAUGAAUCUAGUAAUGGGAGUGAAUUUUUCGACAGCGCCGAGCAUGUUGAAACAAAGAUUGUUUCAGUGUACACUCCACUUAUUUAUGUUGGCAUACUGAUUAUAUCAUUAAUCGUUUUCGCAUCUCAAUAUAGAAGAAGAAAAAUUCAGCAAAUGACGGAAUUGCCCUCUAUUUUUGAUGAAAACGAUGCCAAAGAUUUGUAUUUUCAAAUUAAGCAGAUCAGUGAAACACAAUCAGUUCAUGAAAAAGUGCUAAAGGCCGCUUUAUUAAAUAGAGGUGCUGAAACUAUAAGGAGAUCUUUCAAGCUAAAAGAGCUUGAACCUCAAAUUUCCAUUCUCUACAAGAACGGAUCUAUUGGUGAAGAAUAUUGGCAAAGAUAUCAAAAUGAAGUCAAAGUGAUAGAGAUAGACUUUAAGGAAACGUUACAAGAAGCAGAAUCGUUACAGGCAGGUUGGCCCCAAUUGUUUGUAACUAUUUGUAAGGAGAUUUGUUUCAAUCAAGCAUUGUCAAGACGUUAUAAUUCAAUCUUGAAACGUAAAGAAAUCUGCAUAAAAGAAUGGGAACUAAAGCUGAAUGAUGAUGGCAGAUUAAUUCAGUGA